AUGUAUACACAUAAGUACUAUGUAAUGCUAGUGCUAGUGUUUAUACCGCCAGGUUUAUACCGCCAGGUUUAUACCGCCAGGUUUAUACCGCUAGGUUUAUACCGCCAGGCCCCAAACCGCGAGACGGAAAAUGCCAUAUUGGAAAAUGCCAGGUUGAAAUUACAUGAGUACAUAGUAGUUUCGAUGCGGGUACUGUACUAUGUAGUACUACUACACGGCAAAGACACAACGCCCAUAGCACGACAACCAGGACAAGAUGCCGUGCUUUUUGAUAUAACAGCUCAUCUCGCAGUAGUCAGAAACUGCCGGCAGACUGCAGUAAUUUUAGCGUCUCAAAUCGAUCUAAGGGAGUGGGCAGAGCAGACUACAAACUCGACCAUCGUUCAGGCAAGCGACGCGACGAGGUGA